CACCCGUCAGCGGCGCGCGCAAAGGGGAAAAAAGGAUAAGUGCGGACAAAGAAAACAUGGGCGCAUCCGAGAAGUAUCCGUGCGCUUCUAUAAUGGACUUGACACUUAGGCCAUUGUUAACAUAAAUGGAAAACAAAUUAGUUGCAUUUAAUGCUGAAGUGGGAGGCGAGGUAUUGCAAACUGAAAAGGCGGAGUGCUGUUUUUAAUCCAUCUGCGGAUCCUAUGAUCUUGCGAUGGCUGUUGCAGGGAUAUGUGAUUGCCUAGGGAAAAAAGUGCCUCUUUCGUUUUUGUUAUUUUUAUUAUUUUGUGGCCUUGCUUUUGGACAAAUACGAUAUUCCGUGCCAGAGGAAUCCGAGAGUGGAACGAUUGUAGGUGAAAUUGCACAGGAUUUGGGUUUGGAUAUUCGAAAGCUCUCCAACCGAAAGAUUAAGGUAACCUCUAACAGCGGCAAAAGGUACGUGGAUUACAAGAAUGGAAAAUUAUUGGUGAACGAGAGAAUUGAUAGAGAGACACUGUGUGAUGCGAGCACCGCGUGCAUUUUAAAUCUAGAGAUUCUUCUUGAAAAUCCGCCUGAAGAUCAUAAUGUCGAAGUGGAGGUAACAGACGUGAAUGAUAAUACGCCGCAGUUUCCCAGAGACGAGUAUCAAUUGGAGAUCACAGAGUCGGCUUUGCCAGGCUCUCGUUUUCCAAUCGAGCACGCGCAAGAUCCAGACAUCGGCAUCAACUCGGUCCGGUUAUACCGGCUCAGCCCAAACGAGCAUUUCGCUCUUGAUUCCAACAAACCCUCGUUGAAUACCAAGCACAUCGAGCUGGUUCUCAAAAAGCCCUUGGACCGCGAGCUCACCCUUUACCAUCAGUUAAUCCUGACAGCGACAGACGGUGGCACACCAGCACGAACAGGUACCGCAAAAAUUAACGUACGCGUCUUAGAUUCUAAUGACAAUAACCCGGUGUUUGACAGUACAGUAUACAAAGUGAAAUUGCUCGAAAAUUCGCCAAAAGACACCCUGGUUAUCAAACUGAAUGCCACGGAUCAAGAUGAGGGAACAAACGGGGAGGUGCUUUAUUCAUUCAGCAGUUACACCCCAGACAGGGUCAGGCAAAUAUUCAGCAUGGACACCAACACUGGAGAAAUCCGAGUGAGGAGCAAUGUGGACUAUGAGGACACCAAUUCAUAUGAAAUGUAUAUUCAGGCCAUGGACAAAGGCCCAGCUCCAGUGGCAGCCCAUUGCAAAGUAGUGGUGGAGGUUGUAGACAUGAAUGACAACGUGCCAGAGAUUGUGCUUUCCUCUUUGUCCAGUCCAGUGCGUGAAGAUGCCCGUGCAGACACAGUGGUGGCCCUAAUCAGCGUUACAGACCGGGACUCGGGCCCAAACAAACAGGUGACCCUUGAAAUCCCACCUGGCCUUCCUUUCAAAAUCAAGUCCUUUAGAAAUUACUACACCUUGGUGACCUCUGCCUUCCUUGAUCGUGAGACCACAGCAGCCUAUAACGUAACGCUCAGUGCCACCGAUGGUGGUAAUCCUCCCCUUUCUUCUAAGAAAACCAUUCAGGUGGAUGUUGCAGAUGUGAAUGACAACCCUCCACGCUUUGAGCAGACGUCCUACACUGUGUAUGUCAUGGAAAACAAUGCACCUGGAGCUUCGCUCUGCACCGUCAAGGCUCAGGACUCCGAUGUCAAUGAAAAUGCUCGCAUCACCUACACUGUCCUCAAUGACAACAAUCAUGGCAUCCCUGUCACCUCUUAUGUGUCAGUAAAAGCAGACACAGGUGUUGCCUAUGCCCUUCGCUCCUUUGACUACGAGUCAUUACGAGAGUUUCACUUCCAGGUUAAAGCUCAGGAUGGGGGUAUUCCACCUCUAAGCCGUGUUGCCACUGUCUACAUCUACAUAAUGGAUCAAAACGACCACCCACCCGAGAUUGUGAAUCCCCCUGCCAAUGGAACCCGCUCAACAGAAACUGUGCUAAAAAACGCAGAGCCUGGUACCCUGAUCACAAAAGUGGUGGCCUAUGAUGCUGAUGCAGGACAGAAUGCAUGGGUAAUCUAUCUAUUGGACCAGGCCAGUGAUCUGGACCUAUUUAAAGUGCACGAGCAUACAGGAGAGAUUCGCACCACACGUCGCGUCUUAGAAGACAACUCCACUUCUUUUAGCCUUACUGUAUUAGUAAGGGACCAUGGCGAACCAUCCUUGUCAUCCACCGCCACCAUCAACGUUGCCGUCAUGGAGGUCCCACCCAAAGUCAUGCCUGACCCCAAACGAAUCAUCCGCCCUCACAGCACUCUUUUGUUUUCCAACGUGACUUUGUACCUCAUUGUGGCUUUGAGUGCCACCACCUUUGUGUUCCUUGUGACUGUGGUUGUGCUGGCUAUUGUGCGUUGCCAUGCCUACUGCACCCAACCUGGGUCCUGCUCACCCUGCUGCGUGUCCCAGAAGGCCCAAGCAGAGGGUGGAACUGGAGGGGGAGGUGGGGGUGGUGGCUCUCAGCCCAAUAACAAUGUAGUGCUCCGCCGAGACCUUAAGGUUGAACCUCAUUAUAUUGAGGUCCGUGGUAAUGGCUCGCUGACCAAGACCUACUGCUACAAGACCUGUAUGACUGCUACUUCAGGCAGCGACACCUUCAUGUUCUACAACACAGGCCGACCCAUCAGUGGCACCUGGGGCUCCGAGCGCUUUUUUACAGGAGGGAGCGGAUUUGUUCGCAGGCUCAGUAUGCCAGAUGCAGCAAUGCAGCCCAAAGGGCCAAAUGCUGACUGGCGUUACUCUGCGUCGUUGAGGGCAGGAGUACAGAGUUCUGUGCAUAUGGAGGAGACUUCAGCUGUGAUGCAGGGAGCACAAGGCAUGCUUGUCCAGAACUGGCCCACAGUCUCCAGUGCUGCAGAUGGAGAGGGAGAUGGACAGCUGUCCCCUCCUGUUGGAGCCGGAAUCAACAGUAACAGUUGGAGCUUCCGCUAUGGAGCCGGCCCCGGCUACGGGCCUCCACAAGCCCUGAAGCCUGGCGAGAUUCCCCCUGAAGCCUUCAUAAUUCCUGGCUCUCCUGCCAUCAUCUCCAUCCGACAGGACCCAGGUGCCGUGGAUGAUAAGGGUGAGUUCAUCACCUUUGGAAAAAAAGAGGAGUCCAAGAAGAAGAAAAAGAAGAAGAAAGAAAAGAAAGACAAGAAGGAGAAAGGAAAAGAGGAUGGGGACGAGUAAUGAAGACUGGGCAACUUAAAAAUUUGAGCUAUCAACUCGGUUGAAAAAACUGACCGAAUGAGAGAGCCAAAAAUAUGGAAAAUGAAGGCAAAAUCUCUUUCUACAAUGUCCAGUCCUGGCCAGAAGAGGAUUUGUGCUCUAUGCACAAACGUUCAAACCACAAAUUUAACCUGCAAACAUGUCUCCAUGACAUUUAUUGGCUAUUUUCCUUGUUCUAACACUGACUUGGUGCAAGAAAGCAACCCAGUCUGCAAAAUGUUAAAUAAACAUACUUGUACCUUUGUAAAUCUUCCUCUUUUAAAAGGAUUUAACAAAGUUCCAGUUAAGAUGGAUAUGAACUCUCAUGCCUUAAGUGGCAUUUUUCUCUGACUCCAUCCCUGCCUCCCUCGCUCAACUUUCAAAGGAGAGGAAACUCCCAUCCACCCCAUCUUAUGCCUUGAUCUGCUACAAACAAAGCUGUUACAGAAAAAGACAAAAAACCUAACUGAGCUGGACACAAAUUAUGUGUAUCCAAUUGCAAAUAGAGCAGAUCUAAAUUAAAUGCCUGCAGAGAUAGAAAUCUAGCAGUGUACUCCAAGACAAUUGCUUUUGCAAAACAUCCUAGAACAGGGUACAGAGAUCGCUAACACCCACCUCUUUCUUACUGAAAUCUCAAAAAGAGGGCUUUAUCCAGUACAAUUUAUAAGAGCAAAUAAAUGUCUGCUUAUUCAAUCCAACAAUCAUGCACACCUGUGUUUACAAAUUUGUACACACAGAAGGAUGUGCAUACAGCUUCAAGAGAGUUUCUUAAUUUCUAAUGCAUAACACCUACUUUAGAUGGGACUACAGGCCGUUCACACCCUGUACAGCUAAGGCCACCAUAGGACUGAAGCACAGCAGCCUUUGUAGGCAUUCCAAAACACACCUACUUCCUUGCCACUGUUUUGAGUGUUUGAUUGAUUUUCAUCCUGCUUCCUGCUGGAGUUUUGUCUCAGUCCUGCUAUUUAUUCUCACACACUGCAUGUCAUUUCUGCUAAUCUUAAAUUGCUGACCUCCCUUACCAAUGCUGUGUGCUGGCCUAAGUCAGUACUGCCCCCUGGUGAUUCAUAUUGUACAAUGCUACAAGAAGGACCAGAAAUGUCUUGUGCUGUAAACACAAUUUAACGAAUAGUUCACCCAACAAUGAUAAUUCUGUCAUCAUUCAGUCACCAUUCUCUGUCAUUGUAUGGAAAAUAGAGGCAAUGUUACUGAAUGGUGACAGAGGCUAACAUUUUGCCAAAUGACUCCUUUUCUACAUUUGGCAAAAUGCCUGUAUCCAAUGUUAAUGGUUUCAGUUUCCAAGACCACACUUUUCCUGGAAAAUAUUAGCACAUCAUGGCCCCUAUAUGUACACACAAUCUCAGACACACCAAUGUUUCUCUCUCAGCAGUGGAAACACCAUAGUCUAUGCAGCCAUACUUGUGGAGAUGGCAGGAUAUUUUGCGUCUGUAUUAUUGUGCUUUCUAAGGCAAAGAUGGAGGGUGAGCAGAGAUUAGACUGGGACUUGAGCAGACUAGUAAUGGGCAGUAAAGUUUUUUGUUUUGUUUUUUACUGUAUAUAGCAACAGUUCCAUAGUUAUUGAUUCAAAUUUUGUAAAUAAUCAGAAUGUUUUCUUAACAUUCAGAUAUGCUUUAAUUUUAUUUUGUUUUUUAGAGAGUGCACAUGUUGUUUUUCUUUUCAGUUUUCCAUCUUGUCUGUAGAGAUACUGUUUAGUAAGUAGAGAUGUUUGUUCUGCUAUGAGGAUGCAUCAUCGCAAAGCACACACACUGUCACUUAAGUCUCUUUCAGGUGUGGUUUAGUGCUGUCAGAUCACCAAGUGACUGUUUGCAUGUUAAACGCAGUUAAA